AUGCCCCACUUCCACCACUCCCACGAGUCCGACCCUCUCAUCGAGCGUGUCGAGCGCGGCGUUGCCCAUCCCAAAUACGAGGCGCACAGCAAGUGGGCUGGCAUCCGCCACAAGUUCAGAAAGGGAUUCGCCGAGUUCUUGGGAACUGCCAUCCUGGUCGCCUUCGGUUCGGGCGCUAUUGCCCAGUUGGUCUUCUCCCCUAACAACGCCUCCUGGUUCACCAUGUCCUUGGGAUGGGGUCUUGGUCUGACCUUCGGUAUCUAUGUCGCCGGAGGUGUCUCUGGUGCCCACUUGAACCCCGCCGUCUCAUUGGCAAUGGUCAUCUUCCGCGGUCUCUCCUGGGCCGACUUCAUCGUCUACUCGAUCGCCCAGUUCGCCGGAGCCUUCGCCGGUGCCCUCGUCGUUUACAUCACCAACUACUCUGCCAUCAAGAACGCCGCCGCCGAGGCCACCAUCGGCAUCUUCAUCACCGGCCGUCAAUCUGAUGCCGUCUCGACCUCCGCCGCCUUUAUCGCCGAGUUCCUCGGUACCGCCCUCCUCCUCCUCGUCAUCCUCUCGACCUCGGAUAAGGGCAACACCCCCGCCGGUAACACCCAGCCCCUUAUUAUUGGAUUGGCCUUGACCGCCAUUGGAACCUCGUUCGGUUACGAGACUGGUUUUGCUCUUAACCCUGCUCGUGAUUUGGCUCCUCGCUUCUUUACCGCCUUGUUCGGCUGGGGUUUGGAGGCGUUCUCUCGUCAGGGUUGGUACUUCUGGGUCCCCAUUGUCGCACCCUUCCUUGGUGCCAUUGGAGGUGCUUUCACCUAUGACCUUUUGGUCUAUGCCUCUGGCCCUUCCCCCCUCAACAACUAA